AAACUUGCAUAAAUACUUAUGGAAAGACUCUUCAGAAAGCACCAAAGUAAAGUCAGUAGUAAAAGUGACAAUCUCCUUUGAAAAUCAACGCGGCCCGGCCCGGCCCCGCAGUGGGUUCCGCGGUUGCCGGGUAACCGGGACGGGCCCGCAGCGUCUGUGACGGCGCUGCGGCCUCAGCUGCCCAGAACUCGCCCCUGGCUGCUCGUUCACAGCCCCGGCGCCUUCAGGCGGCUGCACUCGGCGAUUCUCCGAGCGAAUUGUUCGCCGAGAAUUGCUCCGUGCCAGCGAGUCCUGAACUCGCUAAGCAUUGGUCUCUGCGGCGGAUUCCUGAAUUCCGGUUGAAGUUUUGUUGAGGCAUUGUUGCUCACCUGGGAUAUCCUCCUUCCAAAAUGGCUUCUGGAUUCCCAGAAAAGACACUGGCACCUCAUCUUCUGCGCAGGGAAAGACUGAAGCCUGACACUCUGCUUCCCUCUAAGUUCCAAAGGGAGAAGUUUCUCAACAUGAAGAAGCAGGCCAGCAAGGCUGGGGAGAAUCAUCUGCCCAGAAUUGGCCCAUUUCUAGACAUGAGUGAGACUGGUCCAAAGCUGUCACCAGUUCCCCCAAAACAGAGCUUGCUUCGGGUUUCCCCACCAGAGGUGGUAUUUGAAAACGUUGCCCCCCAUGAGGUCUCUGAAAUGGCAGUGUCCUUCAUGAAUAAGGACAAGGGAUUGACGCUGUUGAGGCAGGACGGGAAUGAAGAGACUCUGAUUCAGAAGACUAUUCCUCAGAUGGUGAAGGUCUGCAUGGAGAGCUCACCUUAUUUCCAGCUGGCGUGCCCCAGUGAUGCGUACCAUAUCGUGCCACCGUUCGCGACUGCCCGUGUGCGCAUCUGCUUCACUCCUGAUGAGACCAAGGAUUAUUCCAACGAGAUCGUCUGCAUGACUGCAAAGGAAAGGAUAGUUGUGCCAAUUCGGGCCAUUGCUGCCCGAGCUGUCCUGGAUGUCCCUGACCAGCUGGACUUCUCCAAGUGUCCAGUCAAGUACAGCACCCAGAAGACUCUGCUGGUUCGAAACACUGGUAAACUGGAAGCUCAUUACCAGCUGAGCACCCAGAGUCCUUUCUCUGUGGUUCCGGCCACGGGAACUCUGGGCGCUGGUGACAGCAUGCAGGUGACAGUGGGAUUCCACGCACUGACGACUGGGGACCAUUAUGGGUCCCUGGUAGUGUGCUACAACACAGGUGAAGAAAGUAUCCACACGAACCUCCAUGGAGAAGCUGUAGAUCUCAACGUUGGGUUGAGCACAUAUUCUGUGGAGGUUGAGAAGACUUUCAUCACCAUGACAAACCACAAAACCAUGUUCAUUGAAAACAGGAGUAACAUCACAGCUCACUUCCAGUGGAAGACUUUUCCUACUGAGGAAGAUGACAAUAAAGAGAAGAGGAGGCAGUGUCGUUUGCUGUACCCGCCAAAUGAGGUGUGGGCGGAAAACUUCAAGGAGAUGAUAAAAAUACAAAAGGUGACGGGCUUUUAUGAAGAUCGCCCUGCCGUCCUGAGGAACAUGGUCCAGGAGGAGAUGGCAAAGGUGCAACAAGACCCCCUGCUGUUCUCCAGUGAUGUUUUUUCCAUUGAGCCAAUGGAGGGAGAAAUUGGGCCAAAUUGUUCGGCCGAGAUCAAGGUGACCUUCAAACCCCUGGAAGCACUGGAGUACCAAAGUGUGGCUUACUGCAACAUCUCAGGCCGUGAGAGCAGGCUGCCCCUGCGCCUCAGAGGGAAAGGCCAAGGACCCUUGCUUGAAUUCAGCUCUCCUUCACUUAACCUUGGGAACAUCCUUGUCAACACCCUCCACGUCUAUGAGGUGAAGCUGAUUAACCAAGGAGCUCUUGAUGCUCCCUUCACCUAUAUCCCUUCAACUGCAAACAUGGGCUUCUGCUUCAAGUUUGCACCUGAGGAGGGCAUCAUUGCACCAGGUGGGAUCCAGACUAUUCAGAUCUCCUUCAAUACCACCAUGCUGGGGGUGUUUGAGGAAGAAUUUCAGUUCAGUGUGGCUGGAUCUCCUGUGCCUGCAAUCCUGACCAUCAAGGUCAAUGUCACUCGACCGACUUUACACUUCGACCUGGAUGAGCUCAGCUUCGGGGACAUCUCCUUUGGCUUUCCCUACACCCAGAGCUGUCGCCUGACUAACACCUCCCCGGUGCCCGUGACGUUCAAGCUCCGCAUGUCGAAGGAUGGCAUGCAGCCUGCUGUGAAUGUCUUUGAUCAGAUACGCAGCAACAGUGACCCGUCCUGGACAGAGGGAAUUCAUUUUUAUGUGGAGCCAAGGGAGUUUACAAUCAAUCCCAGCCAAGGGACCAUCCUCCCCCAGGGACACCAGGCUAUCGAGGUGACCCUGCAUUCCAACACAGUGAUGGAAUUCUAUCGGAAAAUGCUGGUGGACCUGGAGGGUUAUGGCGAGGGAGUGGAAUCACUGGUCGUCACAGCCAGGUGUUGCAUUCCUGAGCUGCAUGUGUCCCACCAAAUCCCGCCGCACGAUGAGUAUGAGCUGAAGGUGCCAUUUGAGAGGAAGUUGGUCAUUGGGAAUCCCACCGACCUUCCUGGCUGCUACGGGCUUAUUCCCCAGGAACGCAAGGAGGACUCUCCUGUGUUCUACUCCAGCCCCAAACCCUGUGGGAUUGUCCAGCCUCACAGCAUUGCAGAGAUUCCAGUUACAAUUGAAGUCCAAAGACUGGGCAAGCAUCGUACCAACAUUCUUAUCGGCGUGUUUGGGGAUGAGAGAAACCCACUGAGAAUAGAAUUUUGGAGCUCUGGAUGCCUGGGAAAGAUCUACCUAAGUGCAAGGCUGAUAGACUUUGGCAUGCUCCCAGUACUACAGCCUACUCCACAAAGUUUUACCCUCUUCAACAAAGGUUUUACCCCUAUAGACUUCAGGAUGGAGAUUAUUAACAGACCCGACUGCUUUGCCAUUGAACCCAGCGCAGGAGUGAUCCCCGCUAGGGCUGAGCUGCCUGUGACUGUCACAGCAACCCUGGAUGACACUAAGUGUUUUGAUGAUGUUGUCCAUCUGUUCAUUGGGAACAGCUAUUGGGCCGAAUGUAGGCUGAUGGCUUUGGGCACUGGCACUGCAAUUGCCAUAGACAAACCGUUUGCCCCAGAGCUCAACCUGGGAUACCAGUUCAGCCUCGUUCCCUGUUUUCGUCAGUUCAAACUAACAAAUAGGGGCCCCUAUUUCCAUUGGCUCAUCUGGAGCGUGGGAUGCUACAGCCCACCUGAGGAGGAGGGCCAGAGUGUCUCAGCCCUCAGGAGCCGCAAAGAUGAUUCCCAGAGCCCCAAACGUGCCACCCCCGUGUUUGGGCUGGAGCCACGGUCAAUGAAACUGCAGCCAGGCCAGUCUGUGGACAUGGUGCUGCGAGGCUUCUCCGACGUCACACAGUGUAUAGACAAUUGA